AUGCCGAUUGCUGCCAGGAUCUUCUGUACCGAAUGUCUCAGCGGUAGCCUAAGCCCGUGCUUGAAGACAUUCGUGAAGAAGACAACCUCCCCCUUCGAAUUUCUCAACGAUUCCAACGACCCUGGGAUCCGCAUAUUUACCAAUUCCGGAAUGUUGUACAAGGCCCGGAUCUUCGCCACCUCCGCUUCGGUUAAAACGUUCGGCUCUAGGUGGUCCACCCCGAACACAAGGUCCUUUGGCUUCACCAUCGGUAUCCUUUGUCGGCCGGUGACCACCGUCAGCACGUCUUCCCUAAGAUCGGCAACCGACACCUCGGCCUUAGCCUCUUCCAUUCGACGACCAGAUGUCGAUGGGUGGGCGUCGUCCGCCCCCACUACUUCCACACUCGAAGUGCUCCCUGUAUCGGUGGACACCUCCGACACUUCUCCUCCCUCGGUCUCCUCCAAGUCAGCACAUCAAGCCCUGCGGUCGAGCUCUCCAAUGCCGAUUCUCCAUCAAACGCUCUUAGGCUACGACUAUAGUCUGAUUUGGUGUCUGACCUCUACAAACAAAAGCAACGCAACACUAAACGACAUGCUCGAAUCAAACCCCUAUCCUAGAGCCCAAGAGCUGCCGUUCAUCUACGCUCAUCUAUGUUCUUACGAGUUCUUACUUGUUCAUACGUGUUCAUAA